UUGCCAACCAAUCCCAAGCGAGCUAGCGAUUGUUUCGACAUUUCAGAGAAGCUCUGAAACAUUGAUUAGCUUGUUUUCAUGUUAUUAGGAGUAAACAGAAGUUAAAAUGUCAAACGAUACGGUAGUACAUUGGAAUGAGCUUUUGAAAAGAAGAUUGGCAUCCUCCAAGAAAGAUGAGAGGACUGAGGAGGAGAAGAAAGCAGAAGAGACAGAACUCUUCACUAAAUUCUACACAGAGUGGAGGGGAGGAGGCAACAGAGAGAACUACAGGAACAUUCCACGCUUCUACUACAGGCUGCCUGCAGAGGAUGAAGUUCUCCUGCAAAAGCUGCGAGAGGAGUCCAGAGCCGUCUUUCUGCAGAGGAAGAGCCGGGAGCUUCUGGACAAUGAGGAGUUACAGAACCUGUGGUUUCUGCUGGACAAACAUCAAGUGCCACCCAUGACAGGAGAGGAGGCGAUGAUAAGCUAUGACAGUUUUCUAAAGGUUGGAGAAAAAGCAGGAGUAAAGUGCAAGCAGUUCUUCACAGCCAGAGUAUAUGCCAAACUUCUCCACAGUGAUCCAUAUGGCAGGAUAUCAAUUAUGCAGUUCUUUAACUAUGUCAUGAGAAAAGUGUGGCUUCACCAGACAAGGAUAGGGCUGAGUCUCUAUGACGUGGCUGGACAGGGCUACCUCCGCGAGUCUGACUUGGAGAACUACAUUUUAGAGCUGAUCCCAACGCUCCCUCAGCUGGAUGGCCUGGAGAAGUCUUUCUAUUCCUUCUAUGUCUGCACUGCUGUCCGCAAGUUUUUCUUCUUCCUGGAUCCCCUACGGACUGGGAAGAUUAAGAUUCAAGACAUCUUGGCCUGCAGCUUUUUGGAUGAUCUGCUCGAGCUGAGAGAUGAGGAGCUUUCCAAGGAGAGCCAGGAAUCCAACUGGUUCUCUGCACCCUCUGCUCUUAGAGUUUAUGGUCAGUACCUGAAUCUUGAUAAGGACCACAACGGCAUGCUCAGUAAGGAGGAGCUGUCUCGCUACGGCACUGGCACUCUGACCAGCGUCUUUCUGGACCGCGUGUACCAGGAGUGCCUCACCUACGACGGAGAGAUGGACUAUAAGACAUACCUGGACUUUGUCCUGGCUCUGGAGAACAGGAAGGAGCCUGCAGCGCUGCAGUACAUCUUCAAGCUGCUGGACAUGGAGAACAAGGGCUACCUCAACGUCUUCGCUCUCAACUACUUCUUCAGGGCCAUUCAGGAGCAGAUGAAAAUCCAUGGCCAGGAGUCAGUAUCCUUCCAGGAUGUCAAGGAUGAGAUCUUUGACAUGGUGAAGCCAAAGGAUCCCUACAAGAUCACGUUGCAGGAUCUAGUGAACAGCAGCCAAGGAGACACAGUAACCAGCAUCCUCAUUGAUCUCAACGGAUUCUGGACUUAUGAAAACAGGGAAGUUCUGGUUGCUAACGACAACGACAGCAACACAGCUGACCUUGACGAUACAUGAAUCUUCAGUCAAACUGGGAAGGACUACUAGACUCAGCAAGAAGAGGAUAAAUGUUACGGUGAAGAUUCUACAACUGGAACUCAGUUGUUUAAAAAAAUAACUUGCCAAGACUUCUAAAUAUAACAGUUGUAUGACCUGUUUAAAUGUUUAUUAAUGUAGUGUACAUAGUAUAGAAAAUGAAAAUACUAUGUAUUUUACUCAAAAAAUUAUUAUAAAAAGCCUACAAAUCAAA